UCAUUACUUAGUACAAAAUAACCUGGUUGUUUGUCGACAAUUUUUUUUCAUCUUAAUUUUAGAAAUGAACGAAAGAGCUAUCAUCAUCAUAAAAAAAAAUAUUAUCAUCUCGAUAACGAAACCUGUGUGUGUUUGUGUGUGAUAUAAAAUAAAAAAUUUUUAUUAAAAUUUAUUGGCCAGUUUUCUAUAUUUUUUUUCUGGGUUGGAAAAUUUUUUUUUUCUUCUUCUCAAUCUCUUAACAUCAUAUCAAAUUUAUCUGUUGAAAUAGUUAAAAACGUUAAAUUUUUUUUUAAUUAAAAAAAAUUUUCGAAAAAUAAAUCCAUCAAAUAUGGAUAACAAAUCAUUCAGUAUGGAUGAUGAACAGGAACCGCAACGGUUGCCGAAAACAUCCUCAUCACCCUCAUCAUCAUCAUCAUCAUCAUCACUACGACCGUUAAAUAAUCGUUUUAUAGUAAAUGGAAAUCAAAAUUUAUCAUCAUCAAAUUAUGAUAAUAAUUGUGAUGAAGCAUUUGAAGAAUUUGUUUCAUCAAUAUCAUCAAAUUCUGAAUGUCAACCAAUCAAUAUAAGGCGACAUAUUUUUUAUACAGAAGAUUUUUAUAGCAAAAAUUCAACAUACAAUCAUCAUCAACAAAAUCAUUCAACAAAAAAUAAUAUUGAUAAUAAUGAAUCAAAAUCUUGUUGUUCAUUUAUUACAGAUCCAAUAAGUAAAGUAUCCCGUUCAUUAUGGUCAUCACAAACAUCACCCAGUCAAAUAAAAUCAAAAUCAAUUAUUAUUACUUGGUUGCAGACUGUUAUACCAAUAUUACAUUGGUUACCUAAUUAUGAUUUUCGUCAUGAUUUAUUAAAUGAUAUUAUUGCCGGCUGUACAAUACUUGCCUUACACAUUCCACAAGGUUUGGCCUAUGGACGAUUAGCCGGUGUUGAACCAAUUAAUGGUUUAUAUGUUUCAUUAUUUCCUGUAAUCAUUUAUGCUAUUUUUGGUACAAGUCGACAAGUAUCCAUCGGUACAUUUGCUGUCAUCAGUAUUGCAUGUCGUGAUGCUCUCGAAAGUUUCGAUCUACAUCAAUCGGUUAUUCUAAAAGAAAAUUUUCAUACAAAAUCAUUAUUAUCAUCAACAACAAAUGGAACGACCAUUAAUCAUCUAAUGACAACAACACCAUCACCUAUAGCAGAAGAUUUACCAACUCCCAUUGAAAUAUUGUCUACACUUGCAUUGUUUGUCGGUAUUAUACAGUUUCUUAUGGGAUUUUUAAAAUUAGGCAUUCUUUCAAUUAUAUUAUCUGAAACAUUAAUUUCAGCAUUUGUCACAGCAUGUUCAUAUCAUGUAUUUACCAGUCAGAUAUUUGCUUUGAUCGAUGUUGAUUCCAAAGCUAAUGGUGAUGAUUUUGAAUUACCAUUACCUUUUGAUAUUCUUAAAUCAUGGUCACGAUUUAUUGUACGAAUACCGAAAGCCAAUCCGACUACAGUAAUCAUAUCAGCCAUUUGUAUUGCUAUAUUGAUUUUAUUUAAAUUUGGUAUUUCACCAUAUUUAAUGCGACGUUUUAAACUAAAAAAUCUGGUCAUUCCAAUCGAUAUAUUGGCCAUUAUUUUUGCUACAUUAAUAUCAUCAUUGAUGGAUUUAAAUGAUAAUUAUCAUGUGAAAAUCAUUCCGGCCAUACCAAAAGCUUUUCAAGGUUUACCCAAAAUUCCUGAUGUAUCAUAUAUGGGACAAUUAUGGGUGACAGCAAUAUUGAUUACAUUUGUAUCGUAUAUAUCCACUUAUUCAUUGGGUAAAAUAUUUGCUAAAGAACAUGGUUAUGAAGUAUCCGCUAAUCAGGAAUUAAUAGCAAUCGGUUCAGCCAAUCUAUUAUCAUCAUUUUUUCUUUGCUAUCCAUGUUCUGGUUCAUUAGCACGAUCCGCUGUAAUGAAUCGUGUUGGUGCUCGUACACAAUUGGCCAGUAUAGUAUCAUCAAUAUUACUUAUAUUGUUUUUGCUAUUUUUUUCCAGUUAUCUUCGUACAUUACCAAUGUCAAUAUUGUCCUGUAUAAUUGUCGUAGCAUUAUGGGGUAAUAUGAAACAAGUUGUACAGAUAAGACAUGCAUGGCAUGUAUCAAAAUUGGAUGGCAUUCUAUGGAUUGUUACAUUUUUAUUAGUUCUUUUAUUUGGUAUUGGACAUGGAUUACUUUAUUCAGUUAUAUUUUCAUUAAUCAUUCUUAUCAUUAGACUUAUAAUACCAAUCAUCAAAUUAAAACGUCAGAUAAAAGGAACUGAAGUAUUUGUAGAAAUAAAUCAUAUUUAUGAUGUAUAUGAUCCAAUAACUGGACAAAAUAAAAGUAAUGAAUCUACUAAUCAACCAAAUCCUAAUAAAUGGGUUGUAUUCGAAUUUCAAGGUCCACUUAUAUUCAUAAAUUCAAUAAUAUUUCGAAGAAAAUUUCAUUCAUUAAUUGGACGUUAUUUAUUAAAUCAACGAACAAUCAAUAAUCGUCAUGUAUCAAUUAAUCAAGAUCAAUUGAAUAGGAAAAAAUCUGGUAUACAAAUAGCAUUAGAUUUGAAUGAUUCGAUAACACAAUUACCGAUAAUCGAAACAAUUAUUUUUGAUUGUACACGACUUACUUAUAUCGAUCAAAAAGGUGUUGAAAUAUUAAUCGAUACAAUAAAUAUUAUUGAAAAAUAUGAUGCUCAUAUGGUAUUGGCAUCAUGUUCACAAUUUGUUUAUGAUAAUCUUGAAAAGAAUAAUUUUUUUAAAAAUUUUAAUCCAAGACAUUGUUAUAUGUCAGUUAUGGAUGCUAUUGCCGAUCUAGAACAUAAUGAUCAUCAUCAUCAUGGCAACUAAACAAAAAAAAAAAA